AGUACCAAAUAUCUAUUUCAGUUUUUUAAUAGGUGUGCUCUAUGAUAGACGUGAUGGCUGCAAAAUAUAUUAUUUUGUUCUCCGCGUGCUUUGUGCUAGCCUUAACUGAAGAUAGUGGAUUGCAAACAGUUAAUGGAAGAAUUAAGAUCACUGUAGGUACCACGGCAGGUUGUUCUGACACAGUAAGUUUUAUUAACAAUCAGCUGAUACCAACUGUUGAAGCAUAUGGAGAUUUUCUUGAUAUUGAAUUUGUACCGUGGGGGAAGACAAGUUGGGUAGACAACGAAAUCUCAUGUCAAUUUGGUGUCCCCGACUGUUGGGCCAAUCGUCUACACAGAUGCGUUCUCGACAAACUGAAGAAUAAUCAAGCCGCCCAGCUUCACUACAUGGCUUGCGAGUUUUCCUCGCCACGCCCUUCAUAUCUGCGAGGAACUUAUCUCUGUGUUCAAGCUGUCGGCUUAAAUUUGCUCGAUGUUGACUACUGUGUCGCUAAUCCUAAAGACAAUUUGGAUAGAGAAGCUGCAGCGGCUGCUUUGGAGCCAAUAGCAGCAACGAACUUUAUUCCAUACGUUAUAUUCAAUGACAAAUUCAAUAUGGAACUUCACCAGAACGGUUAUAGAAGACUGGCGAGUUUGGUCUGUUUUGCUCUGGCGGAGGAUCCAAGUACUGGGGUAACUAACUGUUCUAUAUAAAAUAAUUUAUUUCAACUUAAUAUUGCGAAAGCAAAGAAAAAAGAGAAAGAAGAGAUUUUGUAAUUUAAGUCUUAGUUUUGACCACGUUUAAAUGACAAACAUGUAUAAUUGAUUAAUCGUCGUCACAUUGUUAUGAAUAAUGACUCAGUGAAAUUUUAUGUAUUAUAGGGAUAGCAUUUUAAAAUCGGGAUUUAUACCAAUCGAAUUGUAAUGAAAAGAAAAUCAAUAUACUGAUAUGAAACAAAUUAUGUCAAAGUUUAUAC